CCAUCCACGGCUUUCUGGAUAAUUCUGCAUGAUUGGGACUUCCAUGAUACCAUGUGAGCUGCGAUAGCAUGUAGAUAAAGAGAGCAUCGAGUUUGCCCUGCUCAACAUGCCGAAUCUUCUCCUAUCUAAACCCCCCUUGACGUAAAAAAAUGUCUCAUCUACCGAUCUACCCGCCCAUCGAUGACAGAACAGACCGGCAGGAGCCCAGAAGCCAGGACUGGAGAAGAUCAGAAACAAAAGAAGUAGAAAGUAAGACGACUUAUACAGAAGAGAAUGGAAAACUAAACAAAAGAACCGAAAAUUUAAAAGAAUCCAGGGUAUAUGGGUUAUGAAUGAAGACACAUAUUUGUCAUGUGUAAACCUAAAAUUCCGAGAAGAAAAGAAGAGAUUUCAUGGAGAGCAAUUUCAUUCUCCCAGAGGAGACCAAAGAUGAAAAGUCGAAAGGAAUUGUCUCUCUUCCUGGAGACAUGGGGCAAAGCCGAUCCCCUCCCUUAUGAUAAAAUGCAUAGAAACCUGCUAUGAUGAUGACGAUGACGAUGAUGUUAAUGAUGACGAUAUUGCUGCGAUGGUGGGCAGAUGCAAGAACCAAAACCCAGAGAUGGUUCGGACGAAUAGGAAAAAAACCAGGAAGCGUUCAAGGACUCGGAAGGUGGGCACAUCGGGGAACGUGUCGAGUGUGGCAACUCUGCUCGUCCCGUCACGCCUGGCAUACCAGGCCUUGAUAUAGCGCAGGGUGUUGUUUUAUACAGGCAAGAUGUCGUUGGUGGCCAAAAUUGCGCUCGGUAGUUGGAGGUCAGUCGAACCCAUGGCGGGCAGGCGGUAGGAUGGCCAUUGGCAAGAGACGCAACACGAGACCAAGCGUUGCCACCAGCGGUGCUGAUCGUGAAAGGACUCUCCCUUGAAACCGGGGCCUUGCAGGUGCGGCCAAGAAGGGGGCUGGGAUGGUGAUGCUGGUUGCUUUGUCUGGGAGCAGCAUCGCACGUAUU